UACGUAGAUCUAGCCAUGUAGCCGUCACGAUGCGACAAAGAUACAACAGGCAGUAUAUAUAAUGGCUAGUCUAACAAGAAUAAACGUACUCAAGCGUAUGUUGGUGUCCUUAGUAAUUGGCUCAUUGUGUUGUGUGCUUCUCUUCAAAAAGUCUGUCAUCAAAAAUCAAUACUUGGAUGAAGCUGCAGUUGAUGAUGUCUCGAAAGCGCUAAGUCUUCACAUCCACCAGAGAUCAAAAGAGAAGUUAGACACUAGCACUACUUACUCACCAGUGGCCACCAGUGAGCAGGGCGCCCUAGCUGUACAUGAACUAACAGUGGAUACAAACUCACAUCAAAUCAUCUCUAAGUUCCAAGACAUUGAAAGUAUCACUAACUUUAGACAAGGGCACAGUUUUGUAGUUGAUAGUUUAUUUACUAUUCCAUGGUAUAGCAGCAAGUCUGUGAGCUCUGUUCUGAUUCAACCUUGGUUCCAAGAACUGAAAACUAUUCUUUUGGAUUCAAUUCCACGCUCUCCCAUCGUCCUUGUUGCCACUGACAAUAACUUUAAAAUGCCUCUUCUUAACUGGUUACUUUCAGCCACUGUACGGCAAGAGCAACCUGUUACUAACAUUUUAGUGUUGACGUACAGUGCAUCGUUUUGUGAUUUCGUCAAUUCUAAGAACUUUUCUUGCAAGUGUUUGGCUAUACCUCCAGAAACUCUCACAGCUAAAGAAUUGUUCGAGGAUGAAAAGUACACCGGAUUCUACCAGUUACUAAUAAUCCGAGUUGUGGUAAUGCGUCUACUCAACUACUGGGGAUAUGAUGUCGCCAAUUUUGACAGUGAUGCAAUUUUGCUCAAGAACCCAAUACCAUUGUUUUACAGUGAGGAUUAUGCAACUAGUGAUGUAAUUGGCACCUUUGGAGGAAAAUUACCUGGAGCCCUUCAUAGCAAGUGGGGUGUGGUUGUCUGUAUGGGGGCCAUUUUCUUGAAGAGUACGAAACAAACUGAAAAAUUGUGGAAAUCAUUCGAAAAAGUGGAAAAACGGCGUAAACGAGACGACCAAAUGAAGCUCAAUUAUGGACUUGACAAUAUGAACAUAAAAUGGAAAACUAAAAACCUCAAUCCUGAUGAUUUAAAAGACAGACUAAGUAUUCAAUGGGAAGGGAAAACGACUAGUGGAUUAAAGAUAACUUUACUGCCACAAAGAUUGGCGUGUAGAGAAAUGGGAUGUCGUCCUGAUGUAAAGGACAGCUGUUAUAUUUGGCAUCGCGGGAAAAUUCGUACCCACGAUCCGAAAAAAGUGGUGCAAGCAUCAGCAAAAGAUAAUGUGUGGUUUGUAUGAGAACUAUUGGCUCAAUGUUUUAGCUCUAGCCUCUAUUUAUAAUAUUUAUGAUUGUAUAUAUAAUAUUUUGUUGAAGUAUUACCUUAAGAUGACAUAACAGGUAUAGAUUUGUUUGCGUUUUCACUGUUUAACUCAUUUUGCUGGUAUUAAAUUCUUGUCAAUUGUGUUCU